AUCGGAGUCAUUAGGCUUACGAAACUUUCUAUAUAUGGUAAAAGUCGACAGUAUUUUCCCGUUUAGCACUAAAAUUUCUAUUAACGUGAAACAUUGAUCAACAUGUUACACAGUGUAUGCAUGUCAUUGUCACCGACGUCAAGUAACGUGUUGUAAGUUAGUCGAAUUUCUCACUACUUUUUACAAAUCCAGUAACAUUUGGCAAUAUUCAACAACAAGGGAACCAGGAAACCGGGCACAUUUCAGCAGGAUGUCUGAAGAAGUUUUAUCUCCACCAAUAUCCCCAUCAAAGGCAUUGCUUCAGAGCUGGUUAAAUAAAAUCAUGAAAGUGAAGAUUUCUGAUGGCAGAAGGCUGAUUGGAUCAUUUUUGUGCUCAGACAAAGAUAUGAACAUGAUACUUGGAUCGUGUCAGGAAUUUGUUUAUGGGGAAGAUUAUGAAAAUGAAGAACCAAGAAUUUUGGGUCUUGCAAUGAUCCCUGGGAAACAUAUAGUCUCAAUUGAAAUAGAUGAAAUGCCAGGCUUUCAUAGGAACUCUAACACCACCAUCAACCAGUUAACUACAGGAACUGAACCAUUGCCAGCCAGUUGAUGAUGACCAACAAACUCUGUCCGAUUAUAAUCCUUUUUGUAAACAUGCAAAAGAAGUAUGAAAGAUAUUUCACCCACA